AUGUCGGACGACGCGCUCACAUCGCUCGCGCGCGCGGACGGGCGCGCGGACGCGCUCGACGCGCUCCGAGCGCUCGUCGAGGCUGAGAGAGCGACGGCGUCGAGCGAUGCCGUGGACGAUGACGCCGUCUUCUCGGUGGUGACGACGCGCGCGCGCGCGUGCGAGGGCGUGCUCACGCGCGGUGUCGGCACGUGGUACGAGACGCUGCGCGAGCGCGACCGACGCGCGCUCGUCGACGCGUGGUUUGACGUGAGAGGGGAGAUGAUUCAAGGGAAGGCGUCUUCGAGCGGGGCGGCGCUGACGGGCACGUUUCGAACGGUGAGCGCGAUCGCUCGAAGGGACGGCGGUGGUCGGGACGUCGCGAAGGCGUACGCGGUGGAGUCGUUGGCGACCGCGGUCGCGCGAGGGGCGAUCGAGGGGGUGAUGGCGUUCGAGGAGGACGCGCGGAGACGCGGUUGGACGCGGACGCGGCGAGCGGCGAGCGAGACGGUGGAGGCGAUGAUCGGGGCGUUCGAACGCUUAGACGCGCGGACUUUUGAGAUUCCCAUGUUUCGAACGACGACUUCGUACGAGGAAGAGUGCGCGCGAAGGGUGCUGGCGGGGGGUACGGAGGCGCCGGGAAGCGCGGCGGCGGCGGCGUGUCGGAUGUGUCGUCGAGGCGGCGCGGGAGCGUUGGCACGAGCGACUUUGCGAGCGUUCGUCCCGUGCGUGCGCUCGCUGAGCGUGGAUGAGGUUCGAUCGAUCGUCGACGCGGACGAUAUUCCGGUAACGUUGCGUUGGGGGACGACGAUGAUGAAUGAAAUGGGCGACGCGCACGCGGCAACCCGUUGGAUCGCCCAUCUCUUCGCCGCGUGUGACGGGCGUCAGGGAGAAGAUUCGUGCACGUGGAGGACACUGGACGUCAUACUUCGUGUCUUAUUGCGUGAUAGAUACUGGUCGUGCGAGGCGAUGCGUUUCCACCUGAGUGAGACGUUACUGCUGCGCAAAGGCGUGCCUAGAAACGCGCUUCCGGCGCUCUUACGCCUCACAAUUCUUCGGCCGAUUAAGCGCGGCUGCGACGCAUCUCGCGUGAAAACAGCGUGCACGCAAAAUAUACUUGCGCUCCUCGAGACUUGGUCUUCGGAAGAUUUCGUGCGAGGCGGUUCGGUGGGUGCACAGCGCCAUCUCACGUGGAGCGCCGCGUUGUUGCUCGCGGCAACGCCGAGCGAUGAGUGGAACGCAAUGCGCGGGAACCCGACGCAGCUGAUCUUGAAGGGGGUGAGCACACGUCUCGAUGCGGUCGCCCCACGCGCAAGGCGACACGCGAGUCUGAUCGCUCACGAGCUAUCACUGAAGAUGGAUGCGAGCAAUCCGUUGCGCCUCCUUGACGGAGACGACGCGCAGAGCUCGGAUGAUGAGAGCGAGUGGAUGCGAGAUAUGACGCGCAUCGUGCACAAUGACGUGAUCGUGGAAGAAGAAAGUGGUGAUGGCGACGCGACCGACGAGCAGUUCCUCGGCGUCGACGUCCCAGCAAAGGUUGAGAUAAAGAGCAUCGAUCCAGAUGAAGUCGUCGACAUGUGGAGCGUCCGUCGAGAUGAUAGCGAUGAAUCGGACUUAUCUGACAACGAUGAAGAUGAUGAUCUCAUACCAUACGAUAUGGAUAGCGACGACGAGCCAUCACUGCGUUCGGGUGAUCCUGCGAGCCUCACAGAGAGGCGAAUAGCUUCGCUGCCUAAACCGCAAACCUUGCGUGAGUGCGUCGACGCACUGAGACACGCGAAAACGGGCACGUCCACUCAACAAACAGACAUAGACCUUGCUGAUAGAGCCGAAGGCGCGGUUCACGCGGUGUCGGAUCUCGUGGCAAAAGAACCGCAUGAGUUGGCCUCGUGCGCCGCGGAUCUCGCAGUUGCUAUUUUGCACGCGCAUCCACCAACGCCAGACUCCGAUCCUCUCGAUCGUGCUCGGCGUCAAGGUCUUGCCUCGCUGUUUACGGUCACUCCAGGUCUUGCGGGACCACCAACGAUCGAGCACGCGCUGUCGGAGAGUUGCGAUGCGUCACAAGUCGUGGACACUCUCAGCGCCAUCGAGGUCGCUGCGGCGAAUCUCGCGACUCCGCGAACAACAGAGUUGUUGGAUGACGCAUCCAACGCACCGGUGAGGGAUCGACUGGGCGUCGAGCGACGAUUCGCACCGAAAUCGUUGGAGGCGCGCGGGAAGUCAAGGUCAUCCGCGUCGACGCGAAGUCAUCUCAUUGGCGAUAGCUUCGUCGCUCCGCUCUUGCGUUCGGCAGCUCUCCGGCUCGAGCGUCAGGUCACCUCGGGCCGCGUCUUGGACGGACUCGACGCCAUGGUGUGCGGACAGAUACUCCAAACCAUCGGUCAAUGCGCCAGGCACGCCCGGAACGCGGUCGACGCUCCGCUCAUCGGUCGAGCCGUGCUCGAAUUUGCGCUCGCUCCGCCGCUCGCCCAGGCGGACCAUCCCCAUCUUCGCCGAUCCGUCCUCAUUGCAGGCGGUCUGGUCGCGAGCUCGCUUCCGGAGGUCGCCCUCGGUAUAUCCUACGCUGAGGCAUCCGAUCUCGCUCGCGCGCUCGAGCGUUUCGCCGAGCACGCGACGUCUCGCUCGCGCUCGGACGUCGACGCCGACGUCCGCGCGAGCGCCGCCUUCGCCCUCGACGCCUGCGCUCGAGCCCGCGUCGCCGCGCUAGACGCCAUCGAGAACCUUCCCGAACGUGAUUCCACGCGCGAGAUCACCUUGAACGUUCCCAAACGAUCGAUUGGGUUGUAA